CCGCCGUCAACGCAACGACCUUCGUAUCCGACCGAUUCUUUCCCAUAACCCCGUCGCGCCGAACCGACAAAAUCUUCACAAUGCUCACCAGCUCGGCCGCCUCGGUGGCCGCCCGGCAGCUCGCGCUCCCGCUCAAUAUGCGCACGUCAGCGGCUUUCGCUCGCACAAUUCCCGCACAGGUGCUAAGGAGAGGCUACGCAACACCCGCCGGCCCGCCGCCCAAGCGCUUUCGGCUGAAGCCCCCCGUUGAGUGGGAUCAGGAGAAGGAGAGCACGCUGGACAAGGCCGGAAAGUACUUCCUCAUGACUGAGAUGCUGCGCGGCAUGUACGUCCUGCUGGAGCAGUUCUUUAGGCCACCGUAUACGAUUUAUUAUCCCUUUGAGAAGGGUCCUAUUUCCCCACGAUUCCGAGGAGAACAUGCUCUCCGGCGGUACCCGUCGGGCGAGGAGCGAUGCAUCGCGUGCAAGCUCUGCGAGGCCGUCUGCCCCGCGCAGGCCAUCACCAUCGAGGCUGAGGAGCGUGCCGAUGGGUCCAGGCGGACAACCCGCUACGAUAUCGACAUGACCAAGUGCAUCUACUGCGGCUUCUGCCAGGAGUCAUGUCCUGUUGAUGCCAUUGUUGAGUCGCCAAAUGCUGAAUACGCCACUGAGACGCGCGAGGAGUUGCUUUACAACAAGGAGAAACUCCUCUGGAAUGGUGACAAGUGGGAGCCUGAGCUGGCCGCUGCCAUCAGGGCAGAUGCGCCGUACAGGUAGAGGCAUGGCGAUGCUGGGAUGUCUGGCUCCUGGUGGACACUAUCAAAGUUUGCUCAAUCCUGUAGAUAAGCCUGUAGAUAUCUUCACACGGGACCCAAAAUUCCAUGGUUCAUUUGUCGUCUACCUCUCUUUCCGGCAAAUGAUGGCAUCAUGGAACCACGAACGCGG